AUGCCAGUUCCGGUACUGAUAGGGAUUGCCGAUAUUAAGAAUCGGAGUGAGGAGGUUAUUGAACCGCUGGAAUUAAUGCUCUCCGCGAUCCACGCUGCUCUCUUAGAUACCUCCUUACCGGUUUCUGAAAUCUCUGAUCUCCAAUCCUCCAUCGAUUCCAUCUCCGUAGUCAAUACAUGGACGUGGCGAUACUCUGACCUUCCUACGCUUAUAUCUCAACGAUUAGGCUUAGAAGCGAGUGUUGGAGGAGAAAAAGAAAAGGGAAGGGAAGUUUAUAGAGAGUUAAGUCAUCAUGGAGGUGAUAGUCCUGUGAGGAUGGUUGAUGAAGCUGCGAGGAGGAUUGCGAGGGGGGAGUGUAGAUUGGGGGUUGUGGUUGGGGGGGAGGCGUUGGGGAGUUUGAGUCAGCUCAAGGGGAAGAAACCUCAGGGUUGGACAGAAGAAGAUAAAUCCGCACGCGGAGUUUCAGUUAGUGAUCUGGAGGGGGUGGGAGAUAGCAAACGCCACAAAAUCGGCCUCCCAAUCCACAUCUACCCACUCUACGAAAACGCCUUCCGCGCCCAUCGCAACCAAUCUCUCUAUGAUAACCACGCCGAAUCAGCAGAAUUGUAUGCUCGAUUCGCGAAAGUUGCGGAGAAGAACCCUGUGGCGUGGAAUUUUGGGACGCCUGCGAAGACGAAGGAGGAGAUUGGGGCGGUGGGGAAGGCGAAUAGGAUGAUUUGUUAUCCUUACCCAUUACUGAUGAAUGCGUUUAAUAAUGUCAAUCUUGCGGCGGCGUGCGUGCUUACUUCUGUGGAGUUCGCGAGGGAAUUGGGGAUUGAUGAAAGUCGAUGGAUUUACCCGUUGGGUGGUGCGGGGACGAGUGAUAGUGAACGAUUCUGGGAACGGCCGAACUUUUAUGAGAGUCCUUCGAUUUCGAGGUCGUUGGAUGCGGGGCUUGAAGCUGCUGGGUUGAGGAAAGAUGAUGUUGAUAUGUUUGAUUUUUAUUCAUGUUUCCCUAUUGUCCCCAAAUUGGCGUGUCAACAUCUGGGUAUUCCUAUAACGAAAUAUGAAAAGCCGAUUACGCUUUUAGGUGGACUGACGUCGUUUGGAGGAGCGGGGAAUAACUAUUCUAUGCAUGCUCUCACAGCGAUGGUACGAGAAUUGAGAAAAGGGAAAAUUCGGAAUGGAUUGGUGCUUGCAAAUGGAGGUGUGGCUACUUAUCAGCAUGUUAUUUGUCUUUCGAAUCGUCCGAGGAGUUCUCCGUAUCCGACUGAGAAUCCUCUUCCUGGACUUUUAGAAGAUGGAUCUGUGCCGGAGAUUGAUGAGAUCGCGGAGGGUGAGGCGGUGAUUGAAACAUACACAGUUGAGUUCGGACGAGAUGGGAAACCGAAGAGAGGUUUUGUCGUUGGUCGAUUAAAGGAGAAUGGACAUCGGUUUGUCGCUAAUGAGGCGGAUGAGGUUUCUCUGAAGCAGCUUGCGAGUGACUUGAGGGAACCGAUUGGGAGGAGUGGAUGGGUGUCAAAUCGUGAUGGGAGAAAUGUGUUUCGCUUUGACUUGGAAGGGAAACUGUAA